AUGCUACCAAUGGUUCAGGCUUCUGAUCACGGCGACUUUGUUUCCCGUCGAUGCAUAUGGGUGAACGGACCGGUCAUAGUCGGGGCCGGCCCAUCAGGUUUAGCCGUUGGUGCUUGCCUUAAAGAACAAGGCGUGCCGUUCAUUAUCCUCGAACGAGCCAACUGCAUUGCCUCUCUAUGGCAAAACCGCACGUAUGAUCGCCUCAAGCUUCAUCUCCCCAAGCAAUUUUGUCAACUACCCAACUUUCCAUUCCCGGAGGAGUUCCCGGAAUAUCCCACAAAAUAUCAGUUUAUCGACUACCUGGAAUCCUACGCGGAACACUUCGACAUAAGCCCAUGUUUCAAUGAGACAGUGCAGUCAGCUAAGUAUGACGAAACUUUUGGUUUGUGGAGGGUCCAAACCACUAGAGAAAGCAGUUCAAACCCUGGCGAUCAAGUUGAGUACAUUUGCCGGUGGCUCGUGGUGGCCACCGGUGAGAAUGCAGAGAAAGUGGUGCCGGAGUUUGAAGGCUUGGAAGAGUUUGGUGGCGACGUCAUGCAUGCUUGUGACUACAAAUCCGGCGAGAGUUAUAGUGGGAAGCGUGUAUUAGUUGUUGGUUGUGGGAAUUCAGGCAUGGAAGUCUCCCUUGAUCUUUGCAACUACAAUGCAGAACCAUCAAUGGUUGCUCGAGGCCCGGUUCAUAUCUUGCCAAGGGAAGUUCUUGGAAAAUCAACUUUUGAAGUAGCAUUUUUCUUAAUGAAAUGGCUGCCACUUUGGCUUGUCGAUAAGAUAUUGCUGAUUCUUGCGCGGUUGAGUCUCGGAAAUGUUGAAAAAUAUGGUCUGAGAAGGCCGUCGAUGGGUCCUUUACAGCUCAAGAACACCACAGGAAAGACUCCUGUGCUGGACAUUGGCGCGUUGCAGAAAAUUAGAUCUGGUGAGAUAAAGGUUGUCGGUGGAAUCAAAAGGUUCUACCCCGGCAGAGUUGAACUUCCUAAUGGAGAGCAUUUGAAGAUUGAUUCUGUUAUUCUGGCGACUGGGUAUCGCAGCAAUGUUCCUUCCUGGCUAAAGGAAAAUGAGUUCUUUUCCAAAGAUGGGAUUCCAAAAAACCCAUUUCCAAAUGGGUGGAAAGGCAAGGCUGGGCUGUAUGCAGUUGGGUUCACAAGGAAAGGCCUGUCUGGUGCAUCUUUGGAUGCCAUUAGUGUAGCACAUGACAUUGCCAAGAGCUGGAAAGAAGAAACAAAGCAGAAAAAGAGAUCUAUUAAUAUUAAUGGGACUCUCCAUAGGAGAUGCAUUUCACAUUUCUGAAGUCCUGGACUUAUUACUAAAAUAAGACUGAUUUUUGGGCAGUUCUGUACGUCUCUUUUUGGUUUGGAAAGCGAUCUGUUUGCGUAGAAAAUAAUUUAGAACACAAGAGGAAGGAAGAUAUAGCACAGAAAUUUCAGCCCUUUCCUAAGCAAAUCCCAAAAUGUGAAAAUA